AUGUUCUCUCCCUGGGGAGAAGACGAGACGGUCGUAGAUGUGAGAGCCUUGAGGCACCACUUCGAAGGAGAAGGCGCUAUCAGGUCAGUCAAGCAGGACAAGCCCAAGAGAAAGAAGAAACAAGAGCUGGUCAGACGCAACACCAGCCCUGAUCUCCGACCCACCAAGGGCAGGAAAGAGAGGAUAGUCAUGGAGCAGGAUACAGGGCUCUCAUGGCAAUCGAUACAGGAUGCUGCUGAGCGAGCGCAGUCGGGCGAUCAACAAGCGCGAAAGGCGGAGGAGGAGAAGGCCAGCCCAAGCAUGCACGGAUCGGUCAGGGAGCAGGGGAGUUUCCUCAGCGUGCAGGAAGGAGACGUUGCAGACGAGGUGGACAACAGCCGGAGCAGCGAGACCCACGUCCUCAAGAACUUCACGCUCAACAUCGCAACUCGUGAGCCGCACAACCACGAAGACAUCCCGGUCGUGCAGCCAUGGCGGCGUAUGGGAGCUAAAGGAACCCCAGGAGUUCUUCGCAAGGGAAUACUGCAGAGGAAGAGAAUGGAAGAAGACAGGAUGAUGAAAGAACAGCGCAUUGCUGACAUCUCGCAGAAAUCUGCGUUGAUGUUGUCUUUGAUCUCCAGGAAGAGGAAUAUUGUACGAGAGAUCCCGGAAGCGAUUGUGGGAGAAAACUUCAAAUCGAUGGCAAGAAGUGGCUUCAUAUAUGACAAGAACAAAGAGGAGGAUAAAGACAAGGAGGAAAGGGACCGGGAGAUGAUGAAAGCUUUGAACAAGCAGAGGUCAAUUGAAGAAGCAAAGUUUCAAGAUCAGAGGAGUAGAGAUGCUCCUUCGUACACAGAGGCCGAGAAGGAAAAGGCCAGGGAAGAGAAAGUUCUCAGAGCUAUGGUAGUUGAAGGAGUUGAGGAGAUUGAUUGUGAUGCAGAUCCAAACCAUUCCCAUCUCAAGCAUCACAAGACGUUGUCACGAUUCUUUGAUCGAUCUUCUCUCACGCGCCAUGGCAGGUCAUGGGACGCCGACAGGUUUGACAUCAGCGGUUACAUCCAGUCGAUUUCCCUCGAGGCCGCGGGCGAGGAGGACGUCCCCCCCCCGGCUCUAAAGCAUGCGGCGACUACUCGGAGUAAUCGCAGACGUCAAGUCAAAGAGGCUGCUGACUUGUUCCAGGUGAAGGCAGGGGCGAGACAGGACCUCGAGAGCGCCAGCCUGCGAGCAAAGAUGAGGAAGAAGGAGCAACUCAAGGGGUCUGAGCAGGAGGAGGAGGAGGAGGAGGAGGAGAAGCCUCCGCCUCGUCAGGAGAGACUUCUAGUGCGACGUCUCAGCAGAACAUGGGAGCCUCCUGUUGUGCGCAUCGUUGAUCUCUCGGGGGAACAGGAAGCAAACAGUCCGCUAGCCUCCCUGCUAUCGCCCAGCUGGAGGAAAAGAGAGACCUUGGAGGAGGAGGAGGAUGAGGAGGAUGAACAAGUCUUUCCCCUCCCUUCCUCUAGCCACCAGUCGCACUCUGACAGCAAACUCGCCAUGCGGCGGUUCAGCAGGCAGGUUGACCUUGGGAGUGAACUUGAGCAGUUCCGGCCGUUAGGAGUGAGGAGGGGAAUGGCAAGCUUGUACUGCUGGGACUCGGUGCACAAGGAGGGGGUCAGUGCGCUGAGGGUGCAUGGGGAAGGAGGAGAAGGGAAGUUGAUCUCCGGCUCCUAUGACUGCCGGUUCUGCGUGAUCGACUUGGAGGAGGGGGUGUGCGAGGAGACGUACAAGAGCAGUGACAGUCCCAUUCACUCGCUGCAUGUUGAUGACCAUGUCGUCUACGUCGGCAACGAGCGAGGGAGCAUCUUGCUUCAAGAUCUGAGGAUGAAGCAAGAGUCCAGGAGGCAACUGGCUGGUCAUCGAGGAGCAGUGUACUGUCUUGACAAGCACCAAGACUUCCUGUACUCGGGAGGACACGACUGUGCUCUCCGAAUGCACGACCUGCGGAUGAACAAGUGUAUCCGCAAGUUCAGAUUCCACAACUUGCCCGUCGACGAUCACGCUGUGAUCUCAGCGUCAUGGGACGGGUACAUCUCCUACUUCAAGGAGGAGGGGGAGCACAAACGGCUCAUGGACGUCAGACGGCCCGCCAGCCCCGUGGUAGACCUUGAUGGGGUGCUGAGCCUGGCGUAUCGAGACGGCUUGCUGUACAGCGGGAGUCACGACCAAACCAUUCGCAUCUGGGAUGCACGGUCAUUCGACGAGAGCACGAGGCUCGAGAAGCUGCCGAGUCACCUCCAGCAGCUCUUGCCCAGCAGCCAGCUGGAGCGAGUGCCCUCCCUUGAGGAAGGGCACGAGUGGAAGAUGGGGGGGUUAGGCUCGAGCUUCAUCCACCCGGGUAUCGGCCUCCGGCUCGGUGACGACAUGCACCCUCCUGCUGUGGCAGAGAUCUUCCCGGGGUCCGCGUGUGAGUUCUCCGGGAUCAAGAUAGGGGAUGUGAUCACGGGAGUAAAUGGGGUGAGCAUAGAGACAGCAAAGGACUUGAGCAGGCAGAUCGCAGAAGCUCCUGAGCACGACGCUGUGGAUUUCUCCUUCCUACGGCAUGGAAGCGACGAGAAUCUGCAGGAGAUGAACGCGCGGAUAGUCCCGACCAUCGAGGAGAAGGAUGAGACAUCAGAGCAAACCAGUUUCACUGAUGCAAGGCAGCUCAUGUAUGCUCUAGUAGAUAUCCUAGAGGGGAAGGAGAACGUGUGGGAUCAGGUCAAUGACGUUCACAAGAUCAUCUUUGACCACACUGAGAUGUUCGACAAGAUCAUGAUCAAGUAUAGCGACGUGGAGUGCACCUACCUGAGGCUAAGAGAUCUUUGGCUCCUCCUCCACCGCUGCAAGCUCGUCAAACCGCACAGAUCACUCGCAGACAUGGACCGGACCAUGUGGCUCCCUCGCAUCCGGCAGCUCUAUCCCCUCCCCCGCGUCCAUCGACUUAAGAGCAAGUUGACGGCCAACGACCUGCUGCAAGGCCUCGUCCGCCUCGCCAACGUCAAGUACUCGAAGCAGCGAGACUUGGCCGCCAGGCUCCGCCGGCUGAUCGAAAAGCGCAUCCAACCACACGCUCUGGCGGAGGUGACGUCCUUGUACGAGGGGACAGGUCUUGGCCAGCUGGAGCAGGGGAUGCCGCCGCACCAGGAGCGGAUGGUCAUGCGGUCGUUUGGGAGGUUCUGCAAGGACCCGACGAGGGGCCUGCAGGUCCAAGAGUUUGCCGAGGCUGUCAAGGUUGAGCAGAGCACUGCUGUGGUGGUGGUGGUGACCGACGGUUCGGUGCAGGUGCUCAACGUCAAGGGGCCCGUCCCUUCAGGCACCCUCUACUUGUACCUCCUCUUGAUGACUCUGUGUGCAGACCUUGCGUCCAAGGUCUUCCGCAAGUGCAAGUGUUUCUUCUUGUGCCGACAACUAGAGGAGCUGGAGGAAACAGCCGGGAAGACAGCCAUUGACACUGAUGCCGAGUUGGUGCCCGAUGAGUUCUGGAUAGGGUUGGCCCUCAUAUCAGUAGACCAGGUUAACAGGGUAUCCUUGCAAGACGCGAUGAUCAACGUGGUGGACAAGUACAUGUCAGAUGUAACCUGA